AUGCUGUUACCCCUCGCCAGCGGCCCGGCCCCGUCUCGAACUUACCGGCCCCCUUCCCGCACUGACCGGCCCCCUUCCCGCACUUACCCGCCCCGUCCCGCACUGACCCAGCCCCGCUUCCCGCACUUGCCGCCCGUCCCGCACUUACCGGCCCCUUCUCGCACAACUUCAGCAGCCCCCUUCCGCACUACCAGCCCCCUCCGCACUUGCCGGCCCCGUCCGCAACUUACGCGCCCCCUUCCCGCACUAGCAGCCCCCGUCCGCACUUACCAGCCCCUUCCCGCACUACCGGCCCCCGCCGCGCCGCGCUCGCCCGCGUGCGGGAUCCGCGCCGCCUGCGCGAUCCGCGCCUCGGUGCUGCACGGUGCUUCUGGGCUGCGACGCGGGGAGGUGACUGCCUGCCCAGCAAGUCUCAUCUCCAGCCACUCCAUACCUGGCUCCCGGGCCAGCAGCGCCAGCAUGUCCCAGAAGGGCGCGGCGACAGGCGCAGCUGGGGAGCGGGCACUGCAGGCCAUGGCAGGAGGACCAACCCAGCUGAUGCCCCUCAACCCCGCGCCACACGAAGCCUGCCAGAGCUGA